CUGGCACCACAUGCUCAGCCAUGAUUGACAAUUGCAGAGCUUUGGUCCAGCGAAAGCUGCCUCUAAACAACUAGAAAAACACCCGAAUGCAGCUCCAGACUCAGUAGAGUGGAGUUUUGUUUUUUUUUGGAGUAGAUUUUUGGAUAGCAGAGACUGUUUAUUUCCAAACAACAGAGCUAUUCUACAGCAAGACACUGUAUUCAUUUGGAUUAUAUAAACCACAGUAUUUUUUUGGACAAUGACAUCACGGAGGCCAAUGGCCAAUUCAUAUUCAGGCAAUGGGAGAUAUGGCAGUCAAAAUGGGGAUGAUGUCCUUUCACCACGUUUAGAUAGCCGAAGCUACCUCUCCAAUGUCCGGCCUGAAAACAGGUAUUCAAACUACAAACCAGUGAGGAGUACAUUUUGUACUGUCAUGUCUCAACUGACAGAAGAAACUCAGCCAUGUUUUGAGACUACCAUUAAGUCCAAGGCGGUAUCAGAGACCUGCAAUGUGAAAUUCACCUGUGUGGUCACAGGAUACCCAGUUCCUGAACUGACUUGGUAUAAAGAUGAUAUGGAAUUAGACAGAUAUUGUGGUCUUCCCAAAUAUGAAAUUUUUUGCAAUGGCAAAAUCCAUACGCUUCAUAUCUACAACUGCACAGUGGAUGAUGCAGCCAUCUAUCAGGUCUCAGCCAGGAACAGCAAGGGUAUUGUCUCUUGUUCUGGGGUGUUAGAAGUGGGCACCAUGAGUGAAUACAAAAUCCACCAGAGGUUCUUUGCCAAACUCAAGCAGAAGGCUGAGCUAAAACGAAGAGAGUUAGAGCACAGUUACUGCCAAGAGAAAGACAACAUUCACCAAGAACACCUGAGCAGAAGCCAGAAUAAUGUCAGGUGGUUUGAUCGUCUAGUAUAUCAAUCUGUGCAGGUUGGAGAGGAUAAUGAAGCAACAGGAGAGGAAAUAACUGAGGAGCAGCCAGAAACUUCUAAUGAGGAGUUGAAUAAAAUGUCAGUGAAAGUUAACAGAUAUCCGAUGAGAUCUGAUAGAAGACAAGAAAAUGACAGGCAGCAUAUGAGCUCAGAUCAACAGCUUAUCUAUGGUUCUGAGAAGACAGACACUGGUGGUACCACUACUCUCACCAAAGAGAAAGAAAGCAGAAAUAAUAUCACAUUAUCUAAUGGAUUUGAUGAGGCGUUUACCACUCAGUCUAACCAAGUUGUAGUUGGAGGGAAGGAUACACAGGAAGGAAUGAGCCUGGCAAAAAUUUUGUCCUUGCAAAUAAAACUGUGUGAAGAACAUCAAAAGACUACACUUCAGUCACAGGAGCUUACAAGUAAUAAAGGCAGCACAAUUCAAGAAAGGGACAGAGAGAAGAAGGUGGAUCAAGAGUGGGAAAAUAACUGGAAAGGAGAACAAGAAGGGUCAUUGGAAAAAGAUCUAGAUUUUAAACAACUUGAGCCUGAACAUAGACCUGCAGAUGUUUCUGAAGCAAAGAUGACUGCAUACAAAGAACCAGAGUAUCAGCAUAAGUCGGCACUCAGCUCAGUGUUUCAUUCCCUAAAGGAUAUAUUCUUUGGCAAAAAUAAAAAAUCACCUGAGAACACAGACUUCUCUAUGAAAGUAAAUGACCUAAAUAUUGAAAAAGAUAUUUUGGCUGUUAAUACAGAAGCAUAUUGCCAUCUCCCACAAACACUGCCACAACGAUAUGACACAACAUCAGGUGUUUGUGGUACCAUGCCUGAUCAGCUUGCACCUGUGUCAGGAGAUCAGCAAAAUCCCUCAUUACAUAUAAAAAACAAAAUGGAAAGUCUGAAUUUGGAUAAUCACAUUCAUGGGUUUACUACAAAUUAUAUCAAAGAUAUUUCCCAAGUUUCAAAGAUUCAUCAUGAGAGUGUAGAAAAGGAAAAGGAAACUGGUCCAGAAGCACUUCAGAGGAACACCUUGUUGACAGCUCAUGAGGCUUCAGAUGACCAUACAGAUCCCAAUAAUGAUGUACCUAACAUGGAUCAAGAAAUGCAAGCUGUAAAGCAAGAAGAUUAUGCAGUAUUCAGUCUGAUGUCAACAGCCUCUAUGCCACAGCCAAGCAGGUCAAACCAAGUCAGCCGAGCAACUCUCUUGGUGCCCAAAAAUUGUGUGCAAAAGGACGGUAUUAGUGAGGAUAAGAAAAAAGCAGAAUGUCACCACAUCACAGAAACUAACAAGAUGGAUGUGGCAAUAGCAGAAUCAGCAUAUUUCAGAAAUAAGUCUGAGGCAGACACUGCUGACGAGAGGGAAAAAUGCAGUGCCAUUUCUCAAGAUAAAUCAACCCUAGUACUUGACACGAAUCAUGGAGAAUCAGAUAUGAUGGAGAGCAUGAUUACAAAAAAUAAAAGUUCUAUUCUGUUUCUUAAUAGUUUUAUGGAAAAUGUUCAAGAGUUUACAUCAAACAAGGUUAGUCAUGAUAAUCUCAAGUUAGAAUCAGUAAGCAGCAUUGCACAGAAUGAUAAUAACACUGAAGCAAUAAAGGUUGAUAGUAUUGAAAGACUGAAGAAGAAGCAAGAUAAAAGUAAAGGAAAAAUGAUGAGUAAUGAAAACAAGCAGAGAGUUGAUAGCAAAGGUCUGAUCUCUGAGCAAGGUACAGGAAUUUCUCAUUUUCAAAAGCAACCAGAAUUGGAGGGUCUAAAGAUUCAUUUAAAUUUAAAAGUAGAAAAAACAAAGAUAGAUUCAAAAGUACUACCAGAAAAGCACACAGUUGAGUCUAGGGAACAAUUUGUUGUUUCUCCUAUUGUAAUUCUUCCUGACACACGAGAAACAGUCAUCAAAAAUGUGGCAAAGAUGAGAGCUAUGCCAUUUACACCAGAAAUCAAGGUUACGGUCCCAGAAAAAGUCAGACAAGAGGAGCCAUUCAGUGUCCCUAGAAUAGAUGUUCUGUUAUCAGAACAUGAGAGAGUUAGCCAUCCAGUAGUUCAUGACAUUACAUUUAUGCAUAGAGAUAAUGAACCUUUUUAUGAGGAGACAAUGGGUACUGCCUUAGUAGCUCCAAAAAAAAAUACCAGAGAUGACAGAGUGGAGUUAUUUGCAGAACCUGUAGAUGUUAUGCCUCCUCAGCAUGAAAAGAAUGCUGACUGGUUUCAAUCAGAUCAGAAAACCACAGGGGUUAAAACAGAAUAUGUAGAGACUCAAAUUGGGGAUUGUGAAAAACCAUCUGUCAGUAAUGAGUUGAGCAGAGAAAAUGACAGCAAUAGUAUCCCUAUAAUCAGCAUAGCAUGUGCCGAUGAUAUUAAACCCAUUCAAGAGCAGGAGAAAAAAUAUGGAAAACCUGUCUUUCAAGAUACAGUUAAUCAAGACAUUGCAGCCCUUAACAUUCAAACCCAUUCAUCCUCAUUUAACCCCAAAACACAUGUAGAAAGCAGUACAGAAAACAUUAAAAAAAAGGAAAUAGUACUAGAGUCUUUGACUAUCAUUAGUGAGGCUGUGGGUGAUUUUGAAAGUGUAUCUAGUUAUAACAAAAAUCAAAUAGUUGAGAAAGCUGCAUUGCAAAAACAUGCAACUGAGAGAAGAAACUUGUUGGAGACUCAACUGAGCUCUGAUGUCUCCUCAGCAUUACCACCAAUUCAAAAUACCACUGCUUGUACCACUGAUGUAUGUCCAGAAAAAGAAGCAAAAGUAGAAGUAGAUACUGAUAGGUGUCAAAGAGAUAAACCUGCUAUGGAAAAACUUGGCCUGACAACCCCUGUUGGACCAACACUUCCCCCACUUAGCCCAGCUAGUUUGCGUAAGCUUAUGGCAAAGAAUAACCCAAACUUGGAAAGCCAGGGUUCUACUGUGACCCUAUUAGUUGAUGGAAGUGAGAAGAAAGGCGAUGAUAGUGGAGGCAGCACACCCACAUCCACUCUAUCCUGUGAGAGCAGCCCCAAGAUGAAACGACGAGACAGUCUUACUCUUAUCCCCUCUGCUACCCCAGAGGAACUGGCAUCUGGGGCUCGCAGAAAAAUUUACUUAGCCAAAACAAAAUCUGAAGAUGAUGGCCCAGACAUCCUAAACAAGAGAGACAGCCCAUACAUGUCACCCAGCCAGGCACGCAGGGCUGCUUUUUUGCAACUUCAGAGUGGGCAACAAGCACAGCACAUGGAAAAACGUUCACCUAUGUUAGGUCGCCGAAAAACCAUGGUGGAGGUGCAAAAACCAAAGGAGGAGCAUUCAGAGGAGACUAAUUUGUCAAACACACAGAGCAAACCAACACAAAAGGCAAUGCUAGACCCCUACAAAGCUCCUCAGGUAAUCCGCAAGAUCAGGGGAGAACCCUUUUUAGAUGCCUUGCACCACUUAAAGUUGUGGUGUCAAUUCUUUAAUAUACUCAGUGACUCCACAAUCAAGUGGUUCAAAGAUGAUAUAGAGAUUGCAGAAAUUAAAAGAAGUGCUGGAGAUGAAAGUCAAGUGGCACUAGCCAUUGUUCAAGCAUCAAACAGAGACUGUGGAGUAUAUGGCUGCACAAUCAAGAAUGACUAUGGCACUGACACAACUGACUACGUACUCAGCUCAGACAUACUGGCUGAGUUCUUCAUACAAGAUGAUUCAGAAGUGGGAGAGGAGAUUGAGAUGACACCCUUGCUGUUCAACAAAGGCCUGGUGGACCCCGGCUACUGGGGUAACAAGCUAUUUGGUCGCAUUAUGAUGGAAGAACUGCACAUUGGGGAAGGAAUUGCACACAAAAUCAGCAGAGCCAAGGUCAUCUACGGUCUGGAUCCUAUCUUUGAUUCAGGAACCACCUGCAUUGUCAAAGUCAGAAACCAAAUUGUGUAUGGGACCAAAGAGGAAAACUGCUUAGCUGAGAUCAAUUUAGAGAUCACCAAACAGGAAUGUAAAAUCCAUAACACAGUCCGGGAAUACUGCAAAAUCUUUGCUGCUGAAACAAGAGUGAUUGAUAAAUUUGGUUUCGCACUAGAAGUGAUUCCAUUAUAUUUGAUCUACCGGCCUGCCAACAACAUCCCAUAUGCAACAAUAGAGGCUGAAUUAAAGGGGGUGUACCUGACAUACUGCACUGUGGAUAAGACUGGAAGACUGCUCACUCAAUGUACAUCUGAAGUGGAGCAGAAAUGCUGUACAUUUCAGCACUGGAUCUACCAGUGGACAAAUGGCAAUCUACUGGUCACCCAGCUAAAAGGUGUAGGCACAAAGAUCACAAAUGUUAAGAUUGUCACCAGGUCCAAAGGGUAUCAGAGUCUCACAGAUAAUGGUUCCCCAAAGAUAUUGGAAGAAUUUGUCAUCCAACAUCAGUGCAAUUACUACUGUGGGUUGCUAGGCUUGAGGGUCCUGACAACUAUGGAUUCUUUGCAGCAGUCAAAGAUAAAAACAUCUAGGAGUCCUAUGCUGGCUCGUAGGGUGGGUCUUGCUGAUUCAUCGAGCCCGCAGCUUCAGAGGAAGGUCUCAAGCAACCCUCAACUGGCCAAGAGUCCCAAGGUAGCCAAAAAGACAGAUAAAGAUGGGGAGAACAACCCUGCUCCCAAACAUAAAACAAUGGAACCAAAUCUGUAAAAAUGAGGUAAAGACAAUUUUUUUGUUAAAAAUAAAGAAGCCAUCAGAGCAUUUUCUUUUAAAUUUUCACUUUAAGUCAUUUUUCUCAAUUACCUUAUGAUCUAAUUUAGAAUUUGGAUGGCUGAAAAUGUACACUUUGUUUAUAUGAAGCCUGCUAGCUUAAAAUAAUGGCCCUUGUUCAUCAAUGUUGGUCAAACCUGAUUGUAAAGUAAGCAUGCAUAAAUAAAUUAAUAGAGUUUCCUAACCAUC